AUGCGUGCGGCCGCGGAAAGUGCCUUUCACGCCUCAGCAGCAGGCGAUUCAUCGCCUGUUGUCGUGAAUCCUCCACGUGCGACAGGUACACCCGUUGCGUCUGCAGCGGGUACCACGAAUCGUAAUCAAGACGAGUCUGAGGUAGAGCGUAUCUAUUCUGGCGAUUCGGAUGAUGCAUCCGACUCGGAGGCGACGCCUCACGCCUCCGGAUCACCCGGGGCGGACACUGCAAGCGCCAGGUUGACUAGCUCUGGUCAACGUGGCGGCAUCAUGUCCGAGAUCUUCGGAUCGAGUGAUUAUUCCGAUGAGUCUCCGCCUCACGCAAGUCCAUCCAACGAUAGGACGCGUGGAUACGGUGAUGAUGCACCUAUACAUAACCACAACCGAAGUUACUCGAGGGAUCGGGGUAACACUGGUUUCAGUGCUCACGCUGAUAUCAAGAGGCCAGGAUCGAAAUGUCCUGUGCCACGCUCCUCAAGUGGAGUCUCCGUGGAUGCCGCCAUCCAGAGAGUUGGACCGGUUUGCCGGCACGACUACCGAACGGGAUCGAAUUCCGUUGUUCGAUUGCAGGAAGAUUUGCCCACCUAA